AUGAUCACCGGAUUCCUGUCCCUGCUUUGCCUCGGGCUUUGCCUGGGCUUUGAAGAUGAACACAAGAAUGAGAAACUUCCCAAACCCUCCCUCAAAGCCUUACCGGGACCGGUGGUUGAGCGCCGUGCUAAUGUGACCCUGAAGUGCCACUGUCACUUCCAGAAUGUGACGGCCAUGCUGGGGAAGUUGCAGGACCCUGGGUACAAGCAGGAGCAGCACUCGGCAGGAUACGAUGCUGAAUUCGUCCUCGUGGGUCUGGAGCCUGAAACUGCUGGCACGUACUUCUGUGCCUACCAGACAAUGGGCUCCCACGAGUGGUCCGAGAAGAGCGAACCUCUGCAGCUGGUGAUCACAGAUAUCCGCGAUGCUCCUGGAGCUUCCUCAGUAAAAACAGACACCAGAAUCAUCUUCGUCACCACCUUCAGCUGCCUCAUCAUCUUCCUCCUCUUUCCCUCUGUCUUCCUCAUCUACAGAUACAAUCGGCAAGGUUCAUCACAUGAAGAAGCCACCAAGAGAACUGGAUUUGCCAAGCAGGAGGCGUCAGGUUUAUCCAUGCUGGAAAGAGAAUCUCUCUCGACUGAAGACCCCCAGGAAGACACCUCUGCUGAUGUGAACAACAAGGCACCGUCUGAGGAGGAGCCCCCAGGAUCUUGUGAAUGA